AACACUUGCCAGAUAUAUUAUGAAAUCUGAUGAUCUUAUAGCAGCCUACUGAUACAAUGAGAAGCAACAAAAGAAGGUUUUUGAUGCUGUUGUCUGCUGGUAUAAUUGCUUGGGUUGUGUAUUGUAUAAUCAGUAUUGCCAGUUUCAACAGACACAAAACAACUCCUCUUAGAAACAUUGUGAAUAUUCUCCCACCUAGUAUUAGAUAUUUAAAAGUUAAUGAUUCAUCAAGAAUACCAGUUGUCAUAGUGGAGGAACAUCAUGAAGUAAUCCCUUAUUGGUAUGCAGCUGCUGAACAGAGUUUAAUUACAAAAUCUGAUGUUACAAUACUACAUAUUGAUGGUCAUGAUGAUAAUGCAUAUCCUAUUAUAACUGAAGAUUUCCCACUGUUAAAAUAUCCAACAACUGAUAUACAACUAUUUUCACUAAUGCAGAGAAAUGAUGUCUUUAUAGUGGGUGCAAGUGCCACUGGAUUAAUUAAAAGAGUUAUAUGGGUGUGGCCACCAUGGGACAAAGUCAAUCACAAAACUGAUUAUAAAAAACAUGAAGCUCCUGUUUUUCUUGAAGCAUUAAUGAGACAUCUUCUGAAAUUAACAGAUUUACAAUUAAACAUUACACAGACUAUUGGGUUAUGUUUGACAAGAUCACCUAAUACAUUGCAUUUUGAGCCCAGUAUGAGAUUUUGUGUCAGUUAUAAUGAUCCAAAUAGUACUCUAGUAUUAUUCCAUACUCCUUCAAUACAGGAGAUUGAAAAAAGAACUGAGAAAUUAUUAACAUUAUUAUCAGCAACAGUUUUACCCAAAUUUAUUACAGUGACACGAUCUGUUCGAGAUGGAUAUACACCUAGACAUUUAGCAGGGAAAAUAGAAACAGAUAUAAUGCAAAUAUUAAAUCAAAAAUACCAUGUACUUGAUCAUAAUCUGGUACAUUAUGAUGACAGUUUAUUGGGUGGUAAAAAAGGAUGGUAUAACAGAUACAAAUAAAGAACUUUAUACAUUGUU